AUGCUUGCCUUGCAGAACGCAAGCGACGAGACGAUCGUCGCUCCACAUCUGCUGCUCAAGAUAACCGAUAAUCAAGCCACCCAAGAGAUCAAAGAACAACUGCGUGAGUUAUGGGCCGAAGUCCUGCAAGACGACCCAGAGAACUUCCUGGACGAAGAUGUCUUUUUCGAUGUCGGAGGCGACUCUGUCCGCAGUCAGAUGCUCAUCAUGACUGCCGAGAAACGGGGUAUCCUCCUUACCAUGGAGCAGAUCUUCAUGAAUCCCUCACUGGAGGAGAUGGCAAGUGUGGCGAGGGUGGUCACGGUGACAGUGCAAGAGGAGGUUCACGACGACACGCCAAAGCCGUUUGCAUUGAUACAGAGCCACGGCCAUGGCAACCUGCAAGACACUCUGCAGGCUGUGGCAAGUCAAUGCCAGAUCUCCCCAGAGAGGAUCGAGGACAUGUACCCCUGCAGCCCAAUGCAGGAGUCACUCGUCGCCCAGCUCGAGGGGAACACCAACCUAUACGUCCGACAGUUUGUCUUUCGAAUCUCACAUGACGCCCCGUUGGAUCGAUUCAGACAGGCGUGGGAGGACACUGUCAGAGCAAAUCCUGUACUCCGAACCCGAAUCUGCGAUGACCCCAGUGGCCGUGGAUUCGUGCAGGUGGUCGUUGACGACCUGCCUUCCUGGUCUGUUUACGAGACGGCUCUGUCCGACUUUCUCCAGAAGGAUGCAAUUACUGCCAUGAACCCUGGCGAGCUGUUCUUUCGUUAUGCCCUCGUAGCUGAUGGCAGCCAGCGAUACUUUGUAUGGACAGCCCACCACGCCCUGUGUGACGGCGCCUCCAUCCCCGAGAUCCUAAACGAGGUGGCGACGCGAUAUCGAGGCCAAUCCGACAUCAUUACCGAGCGAGCGCCUUUUCAAAACUUCAUCCAGUCAGUUGUUCACUCAGAUUCUCCGCGACAGCAAGAGCAAGACCACUUCUGGCAGAGAUCCAUGGCCGAGCUCAACCCUACCCCAUUUCCAGCACCUCCGCGCUCAGACGCGCAGAUGAAUCCUUCUGCGACCUUUGAGCACUCUCUGUAUCUCGAGCAGCAGCAAGUCCCCUUCGGACUGACAAAGGCGCUUCUCCUACGUGCCGCCUGGGCCAUCCUUCUCUCCCACUACACCGGCACACAGGACAUCGUAUUCGGAGCCAUCAACAGUGGACGCACAGCAGACAUUCCCGGAGUCAGUCAAAUGACGGGCCCUACUAUCAACCUGGUGCCGAUUGGGCUCCGUGUAGACUCCCAGCAGCCAGUCGCGUCUUUUCUAUCUCAUGUCCGGACGCAGUCUGCCGGCAUGAUUCCGUUCGAGCACAUGGGUCUGGCGAGGAUCCGGCAAGCCCUGGCCAACGGGGCUCCAACUGCCACAGACUUCCAGGCCCUGCUGGUCAUCCAUCCGAUGGAGUUUGCCGACGCGAUCAACCAGGCCAUGGAGGCGCUGGGUCUGGAGUAUCUUGAUACGCUGGGCAAGAAGGAGCAUCAUCCAUACCCACUCAUCGCAACCUGCACGAUCGCAACAGACACAACCAUCAGAUUGACACUGCAGCAUGACGAGCGGGUAGUAUCAACCAAACAGGCGGAGAGUCUGGGCCACCAGUUCGAGGCUGUAGUGAAGCAGUUGACCGAAGCCACGACCGAGACCCUGCUGGACUCGAUAUCCCCGCUCAGCAGGCACGACCUGGCACAGAUCUCGAAGUGGAACAGGAUCACUCCUCCUGUGGAAGAGACCUGUCUCCACCAUUUAUUUGGCCACCAUGUCCAGACACGGCCUGGUGCCGUGGCCGUUUGUUCCAUCGAGCGGUCUCUCACCUACGCCGAGGUGGACGUGUAUUCUACAUCGCUCGCACUCGAACUGCUUGACCGCGGUGUGAGACCUGGCACCUUUGUCGCCGUGUGCUUUGGAAAGUCCAUCUGGACCGUGGUCGCCAUCCUGGCCGUUUUCAAAGCUGGGGGCGUGUAUGUCCCGAUUGAACCGGCGCACCCGCGUGGAAGAAUCUCCGAGAUCAUCUCGGCCGUAUCCAUCACAGUGGCUCUUGCCUCUAAAGGCAGUGCAGGUGUACUCGACGGACUGUGCAGUUCCAUUAUCACUGUGGAUGGUCAAGAUCUCCGAGCAGGAACUCUACCACCGCGCCUCUCCAAGCCAUACAGUACUGCCUACCUGCUUUUUACGUCUGGCACAACCGGCAAGCCAAAGGGCCUUCUGAUGCCACAUCAGGCUAUAUGUUCUUCCAUCAUCCAUCAUGGACGGGCAUUCAGGGCCGGGCCACACUGGCGCACCCUGCAGUUUGGCGCUCACACAUUCGACCUCUCCAUCGGCGAGUUCUUCACCACGCUGGCUUUCGGAGGCUGCAUCUGCAUCCCCUCAGACGAAGAUCGUCUUAAUAACCUCGCCGGCGCAAUUACAGCCCUAGCCGCCAACACAUUGCUUGUCGUCCCAACAGUGGCCAAUCUUCUGCACCCUCACGAAGUUCCGACCCUCAAAACAAUCGUCCUCGCCGGCGAGCCGAUUACGAAAGAGACCAUCGUCCGAUGGGCAGACCACGUCGAGCUAACUGCCGCCUAUGGGCCAUCGGAGACAGCAGUCUACUGCUCCGGCAACCUGCGCGUCUCCUCCGACGCUGACCCCGCGCAUAUUGGGCACGCCAUUGGGGCCACGAUGUGGAUCGCCAACCCAGACAACUAUCACCAGCUCUGCGCCAUCGGCACCAUCGGUGAGAUCUUGAUCUCCGGCCCGCUGCUGGGAGGCGGGUAUAUAGGCGAUCCCGCGCAGACCGAUGCCGCAUGGGUGCCAGCCCCGAAGUGGAUGAAGGAGAUUGGAUCGAGCCAGUACGACGUGCUCUACCGGUCCGGAGAUCUGGCACGGUACAAUGAAGAUGGCACAUUCCGGAUUGUCGGGCGGCGAGAUACACAGGUCAAGCUGCGCGGGUACCGCAUCGAGCUGGGGGAGAUUGAGAACCAGAUCAUGGCAUCGGGUGUUGUUGCUGCUGCGUUGGCUGCACUGCCAAAGAUUGGUCCCUGUGCGAAGCAGAUUGUCACCGUCCUCAGCUUCAACUGGUCUGAUCUGGAUGAUCAGGCCAGGACCAACGAGUCCAAGCCAGUCCACACGGACAGGUUUGCGUUGGCCAGCGACCGAGACUCGCCUGAGACCAGGAAGAGACUGGAGCAGUUGCAGCGCCGCCUUGCACUGAUCCUGCCUGAGUACAUGGUGCCAACUGUCUGGGUGGUGCUUGAGAAACUCCCCCUGCUGAUCUCCGGCAAGAUCGACCGAAAGGCCAUCAAGGCGUGGGUCGACAAUAUGAGCGCAGAGACAUUCCGCGAUAUACUCGAGUACCAGGAGGAUGGAGCUGGCAACGGCGAGAUUACUCCAGGUUCGACUGCAGACACAAUCCGUGGCCUCUGGAGUGAGGCGCUUGUUCAACCGCCUGAGACCAUCCAGCUGGGCACCUCGUUCUUUGCACUGGGUGGUGACUCAAUCGCUGCCAUUCGCGUGGUGUCUGAGGGCAAGAAGUUAGGGCUGCCACUGACCGUUCGGGGUAUCAUCACUGCUAAAACGCUCGGAAACCUGGCGGCACUGGUCGAGCAGCAGCUUGAGCAAGAUGGCAGCCUUGAGACAUCAGGCAUGGAUAUCGACCGGAGUCAACCGUCCGUCAAGGACAUCCUAGCACCGUACGAGUCUCAUCUCCAGUCCCUUCUGAGCCGCCAGUCGUCUGCAGCCGUCGAGGAUGCGUACUACUUCUCUUCGAUGCAACGCGAGAUCCAGCGCCAGCGCCGCCUCAACCCAGCUGUUUUCUUACUGUCGUGGCAAAUGGAAAUUGCCAGCCGCGGUUCUGACCAGACUAUCUCACUGGAAAGACUAGCCAGGGCCUGGAAGCAGGUUGUCCAGCGGUUCUCGAUCCUCCGCAGCAUCUUCCUAGCGGAUCCGAACGGACAGCUGCCGUCUGUCCAAGUGGUGCUGGCAAACGCCGAACCGGAAAUCGCAACUGUCUCAGUCUCGAGCGAAGUGCAGACGGAGCCAACAUUCGAAAGUCUGAACGUACCACCCGUUGAUGAAUGCUUUCUGCCCCAUCGCGCCUUGUUCUCUCAGCGCGGAGACCGGUCCUUCAUCCAUAUCGAGCUUGAUCACCUCACGAUUGACGGCUGGUCAUUACGGAUAAUCAAAGAAGCCUUGCUCGAGGCAUACGAGGCAGACAGGCAUGAUCGAAUCCCGCCAGCCCCAUCCUACAAGGACUUCGUCCACGCCCAGACGCAGCCAGCGCGUGCGAGUGUGGACCGUAAGCACUGGACUUCGAUUCUACGCGGUCAAGCGCCUUCGAUUCUAUUCCCCAGUUCCUCGAACAUAACGCCCAGCCCACGCAAGACAAUCAUCUACCUCCCCGAAAUCCCAGCUACGGCGCUGUCGUCCUUCAGUGUUGCUCAAGGCCUCACUCCCGCCAGUAUCUUCGACGCCGCCUGGGCGCAAACCCUCAGCUUCUACACCCAAAGCCGCAACAUCGGAUUCGAAUACGUCGUAUCCGGACGAGACGAGGAGAUUCCAGGCGUAUUCGACAUGGUCGGGCCGCUGAUCAACGUGCUCGCGUACCAUUUGGACGGCGUGACAGCGGACCAAACGACCGCGUCAGACCUCGCGCAGCUAGCACAUAGAAUGCAGGACCAGCGGAGCCACGACAGUCUGCACUCGGCGGUCAAUAUCCGCGAGGUCAUUGGAGACCUGCAUGGCGCGAAGCAGCUGUUCAACACGGCGGUGAACUUCCAGCGGCGACCGACGGCCGUCGAGUCGGGGAUGUUAUGGGUGGAUGAUGAUGUGAGGAAGUCGGUUGAUCCGUGGCAUUUCGAUAUCCUGGUUCGUGUCAUGCACAUCACGGACGACAAUACGUUCCGCUCUUCGUUUGAGUUCGAUGCGAGAUUGUUCGAGGAGGAGAGGAUCAAGGAAGUGGCGCGGGACUUUUGGAGGAGGGUUACGACGACGUUUGAGUAG